CCCAGUUCCUGAUCCGCUCGGAACCCCCGCACAGCCCGGGAGGGGCUGAGCUAGCAUCUGAUCCACUCGGAACCCCCCGCACGGCCCGGGAGAGGCUGCCCCGUGAGCCGCUCCGCCCGUGUCCCGCCGGGACAGAUCCCGGCCAUGUUCGUGAUUUUGGUAGUGCUGUGUCAACUGCAUGUGGCGACGUUCGCGUUUCCUCACUGCCCUGGGAGAUUAAAUAAUUUGAAGCAACCUCAGUGGAAAGAUGUGUUCACAUCUGCAAGGGAGGCCAAUUUAUUCAUUGGACGACAUCUUCUGAACAACAGAUUUGAUUUUGAAGCAUUCACACCUGAUAACCUGGAAAGGGAAUGCUAUGAAGAACAAUGCAAUUAUGAAGAAGCAAGAGAAAUUUUUGAAGACCCUGAUAAAACGAUGGAUUUUUGGACUGAUUAUUCAACUAAAAACCCUAACAUAAAAAUAGGUGAUGAGGCACUACAAAAGGUGAACGUCACAGGACUGCUCAUCAGCCUGGUUGCUGCUGGAGUGCUGUUGGUUAUAAUUGCACUGGUUAUCUUCUACUGCUGCAAGAGCAGAUGCAAAUCAAGGCAACCACCAGGGUACUUGGAUUAUGUGAGAAGCAGGAGACGUAAUUCAGCCAACAUCUUCAGGAGGCACGAAGAGUUUUCCUUAAACCCCCUUCCUCUCCGAGCUGACGAUUCAGGACUGCCCACUUACGAGCAAGUGGUUUCAUCAGAUGGACAGCACAGCGUGCCCCCACCCCCUUACCCAGGGCCCCCCAGAUAUGCACGGGCCUUUCGAAAGUCCAUGUCUCUCCCCGGCCCCUAGGCACAAGCCUCCUGCUGGGCUGACGGGGGAUUACUGGAACAUAACAUGCUUUUGGAAAAGUGUGUGCUACCUUGCAUAUUGCAAGAUGAUUUACAAACAUGUGAAAGAUCUUUUGGACAGCUAGGAGCGAGUGAAGUUCCCAUUUGGGAAAAGAGGUCACCUGUUUUAAAGGCUGCAGGAGUGUCCUUUGCACAGUCACUGUGCUAAGAGAAGAGAAUGCACAAAGAGCAAGUCUCGAACUGCUGCCCUCUUCCAUAUGAGACAUCCCAUCAAACUAUUGAUGUUUCAUUUUCUUUUUCUUCAGAAAGAACAGUAUUUUAAUUGAUCAUAUUGACAUCAACCAUUUUUUGUGACUUAAUACUUUAAACCAUGAUAAGAAGUCUUUGUUGUCAAACAAAAUCUUUGUUGUUUGACAUAUUCACUUCCUUGCUGGGUGAAUUUUCUAUUCGUUCUUGUAAUAGAUUUGAGUGCAAAAAUUAUUUCAUGACUUGAUCUUUCAAAUAUAUAUAUAUAUAUAGUACUGCUA